AUGGACAUUUUUAGUUUGAAUUACCCAGAGGAUGAAGAUGUACAGGAAGUGGACAGCUGCUUAGACCAUCAUUAUGCCUCCAUUCUGAACGAUGGUGAUUCAACUGCCCUUUGUUAUGAAGAACAGGACAGCAUCACAUUUAAUGGUGACAAGAAUGAGAUUUUUUGCGACUACAAAACAACAGCAGAGGAUGUUCGUGCACAACCUGGUGUCCCAAAGAAAGAACUACACGAACUUCUUGACGGUUUGGCAAAGGAAAUCGACUACACAUCCAUAUCUAAAUUCAACAUUUCUCGAAGUUUUAUAUGGGAAGGAGCGAAAAGGGCAUUAACGCGAAAGUCAUUUUGUGCAAAAAACAAGAUGUCUGUAAAAUUUACAGAUGACAUCGGCAACAGCGAGGGAGCCGUUGACUUGGGUGGACCUAUGAAGGAAUUCUUCACACUAGUUUUGCAGUGGAUGGUCACUUCCCAGUUAUUUUGUGGCCCUGAACAUCACAAAUACAUCUCUUUCCAAUCCACUUGCCUCGAAGGUAACGAUUAUUUUUUUGCUGGGACUCUCAUAGCAAUGUCCUUAGUGCAUGGUGGCGCUGGACCGCAGUGUUUUGCCCAUAACAUGUUUGAAGCUCUUCACCGCGUUCCUGACAAAGUUGCCAUUACAAUUGAAGAUGUGUAUGACAGGGAAUUACAGUCAUCACUUGAAAAGCUAAGUAAUUCGGUUAGUAAAGAAGAGGCGGUCCAAGUUAUGAAUGGCAACACUUUGCAGGGCGUUCUUGAUCUUGCUGGGAUGCUUCAACCGAUCCAGACAACAGACGACAUAAGGAAGAUUGCCGAAAUGACAGCAAAGUGGUUUGUCCUUGGACGUGCCCAACCAGCAUUGGAAAGUUUCCUAAAUGGGUUGUCAACGCUUGGGGUCCUUGAUGCACUCACACAGAAUCCUGAUGUUUUUCAUCCAGCGUUUUGCUACUAUCCCGAAAAGCUUACAGCUGAAAGCACUGAAAACCUGUUCCAGGUGUUCCAAAGUCCAGUUGGAUCAAACAAAGCAGUAACAGAAAGCUUGGUCCUAUCACGAUGGCAUGAUUAUCUACAGGAUAUUCAUAUUUUCAGUAUAUUUGUAUUACGUGCGGAAAUUAUUACCAUUUUCAGCUCAAAAAUGGUAACAAUUUCCGCAUGUAAUACAAAUAUACUGAAAAUAUGCAAACUUCGCAAGGCUAUAGUUUCUAAGUUUUACAACAUUUCAGAACCAAAUUUUGCAAUUUUACUGAUUUUAAGAAGUUCUUUAUGGGAAUUUACUUUUUUGGCCUAAAUAAAAAAUUAGUCUAACAUGCAAGUUGUCUAUUGGUAUAUUUGACAGCCUUUGCUACUGUAGAAUGGACUGGUAAACUUUAGUCAGAGUAGUAUCGUUUAUCUAAGCAAGUAUUGAUAUUUAUUUUAAGCAACAAGAUAUGUAUAUGAUUAUGUAUCAAUGUUUGUUAACUAUUAAAAAGUUAUUAAUGUAGUAACAAUUUGUAAAGUAUAUACAUGACUGGCCAUGAUUUUCGUUUUACAGUGCCCAAAGUCUACCAGCGAGGUGUGUUCGGGGUAG